AUGCAACAACCUAACCCCAACGCUAACCCCAACCCAUCACACAUAGAACCAUACUCUCACCAUCUCUACACCAUCAGCCAUUACCCUUCCUAUUACAAUCAACUCCAUCCCCCAAACCCUAACCCUAUCCUUAGUCCUCACCAAAUUCAUGUACCCCAGUACAGUAAUGUUGGUCUCGAUACAGCCACCGGGCCAUCUGGUGGGUAUGAAGCUCAUCAAUCGGGUUUAGCAUAUACUCAUCUUCAGACAGUCGAUUCCGCACUGUCGGUGCCAUCUGUGUAUUAUCACUCUGCCACUGGUGUAACAAUAACUCCAAAUGGGGCAGAGCAGUGGGUGUCUGCAAAUCCAAAUCCCACUCUUUGGACUAAUCCAACAACUCAACUUCAACGAGGUUUUAGUUGGAAGAGAGUUCCAAAGAAAACGAAGGUUGUACAGUCUGUUUGGUGUGAAAUAUGCAAGAUUGAUUGUAACAGCAAGGAUGUUCUUGACAAUCAUAAAUUAGGAAAGAAGCACAAGAAGAAUCUGGAGAAACUACAAGCAGCACCGGCACCUGUGUCAAAUAAUCUGAUAAUUGGACCACAAGAGAAUCCUGAUAACGCGAAAACUUCCGGCGAACAAAAGGCAAAAAAGAAGGCAGUUGAGGCUGUGGAGGAUUUGGCGACAAAAAGGCGGAAACUUUUGGAAGGUGGAGCUGCAGCAGAUGGUGUUCGGGCAUGUGCAUUAUGUAAUGUGGUUUGCAAUAGUGAAACAGUUUUCAGACAUCAUCUUGCUGGACAAAAGCAUGCUGCCAUGAUGAAGAAGUAUGCAUCUGGGACUGGAGUGUCUUCUACCACCUAA